UAGUCCCCGCCAUUUCUCUACUGAAACAAAAUCACAGAACCACCAAACAUGGUAUUAACGUCACACCAUCGCCCCACCGGCUCCGACUCCGACUCCGACUCUGGCUCCGGCUCGCCUAAGCGGCUAACUGUGAGCUUUCUCGUGUCCAUAUCAUCUUUCAUGGCUCUUUGCUCCAAGCAUGCAACCAGAGUCUCCACUCGGCUCAAGACCACGGCUAUCAAGUCCAACCACCACCACCACCAUGAAGGCGACAAAACUCCAAAACGACUGUCGUCGAAAUCGCCGCUGGUCCGCCCUAAACAACUAUUGACUCAAAUUAGCAACAAGGCAAUCUCGUUUAUUCACGGCAAGAAAAGAGUCGACGAAGAUGACGACGAUGUUGGUGUGGGGCCGGAGGAGUUCGGAGACGGUGGAGUCUGGCAAAAGACGAUCUUAAUGGGGGAUAAGUGUCAGCCGUUGGAUUUCUCGGGUGUAAUUUAUUAUGAUAGUACUGGGAAGCAGCUUAACGAGAUUCCUCUCCGAUCUCCACGUGCCAGUCCUUUGCCUGGGUACUUGACGAAAUAGUAAAAAGUUGAUAAAAUUCAAAUUGUGAUUUUCUUUUUCAAAAUGUUUUUAACCGUGUACUGGUGUGGGCAUAGUGAGUUUGGCUGUGUAAAUUGAUAAGUACAGUCUUUAAACGAAUCCUGGAGGUGCAUAUAUAAUCACAACAUCAAACUGUCUUUAGCAACUCUUGAUGAUUAAUCAAUAAUAUUAUUCGAUUUUAUCAA